GUCAAUUUUUUCUCUUUCAAAAGUUAGUUCGAUUUUCGUGUUUUGUGUCGUGUGGAUAAUAAAUAAAAAGAAGUGAAAAAAGAAAAUUUAUUUUCAUACUUCCAGCAUUGCUUUGAGCAUUAAUAGCUAUAUAUAAAUACAAGUAUAUGUGUAUUGGAUCAGUUGUUGUUUCUUUUUUUUUGGCUUGUUAGUAAAAAAAAAAGAAAAAGAAAUUUAUAAAUAAAACUUUUUUUUACAUUACAUUGCAAAGCAAAUGAUGACUAUAACGAUGACAAAACCAUCUAUGUGGUUGUUGUUAUAUUGCAAAAGGUGUACAAAAAGUAUAAGUGUGUGUAAAGAGAAUGGUUUUUUCUAUACUUAAUCCAUUUACAUAAAAAACAAUCGUCACAAGCAAUUUUUAAAAACAAAGGGUUUUUUUCACAAAAUCCAUUAAAUGUGUUUUUUACGACUUAUAUAUGGCAAGAGAAGCGCUUUGAAAGUUAGAAAUUAAUAAUAAAAUUUUCAAGUCAAAUAGUAAUACUCACAAAAGAUAUCCAUAUGCAUAUAUAUAUAUUUGUUCAAACAUAUAUCUAAAGCUUAUGUCAAAGCUUCAUAUUACAGACAUACUUAUACGCCGAGGAAUAUGAAUACAAAAUAAACAAAGAAGCUUAAACUGCAAUUACUUCUCCACAAUUGCUUUAGCGUUCUCGAAUAAAUAGAUAGUGUGUAACGAAAAAAAGUAAAUAACAAACCACCAUUCAGAGCGACAUCGAUCGACAAAACACAAAGCUGUAGAAAACUUGCCAAACAAGUCUAAAAAAUAUAACGAAUUCAAAAAAUACGCUCCCAAGUAAAACGUCAAGUAAAAUAUACAAAUAAAAAAUGAAAUAAAAAAGAAAGAAAUUAAACUGCCAAAACUACUACUAGUUAGGUGCGCGUGUGUACUUGUACAAAUCAAGGAUUUAUACGUAUUUAUUUAAGAAUACGUAUACAGAUGUAAUUGUCUUUACCAUCGUUAUUAUUGCCAUCGCAACCAAAGUCUACAUAUGCGUGUAUGCAUACAUAUAUAUAUAUAUAUAUAUAUAAAUAAAAUAUAUAUGAAAAAUUAAUACCGGAUUUGCUACGUACGCCCACUGUGCACUGAUGUCUAUGCAAGUGUUAAAGAAAAUCUGAUAUUCCGACUUCUUUAAAAGGAAGCGUUAAGUAACAGACAUCAAGGGCGCCUUGCUUAAAUUACACAAAGUGUCUUUUAACCAAAGUGGCAUAUUAUACCGAAGGGGCUGAACGUCGUUGGGUGCGUCAAGCUGUUAUGGGGGUACUUAGGUGGCGCGAUCUGCCCGGAUCGCGAGUAUCUGUAGGAAACCAUCACAACAAUAAUACUGCUAAUAAUCAAAAUAACAAUCAUAGUAACCGUGGAGAGCAUCAUCAACGUAAUUCAAAUGGCGGCGAAUGGGUUUCGAAUCAUCAUCAUCCGCACUUGUCGCACGAUGCCGUUAACAAUGCAACACUUUCGUCGCAUACAACAACCCAUCAUAAUAGUUUACAGCACUCAGACUGCCGAAAUACGCUGAGGCAUUCAAUGUCGACAACAUCGAACAGUACACCCGCUUCUCCUCAAUUAAGUGGUAUUAUAUCGGGAGGACAACUGCUUUCGAAUGGCCAUCAUUAUCAGUCGCAAACAUCAGUAUCAUCGCACUCAUCAAAUGUGUCCACAAUACCUCCGUCGCAACGUUUGUUGGAAGAAGUUUUGGCGAAAAAUUCACCUUUCCCCAUGAUCGUUUUGCCGAGUAACGGUGGUUAUUGGGUCGAUGGGACUGAGCAUGAAUGCACUUACGACGCUCGCGGUAAUCCUAUGCUUCCGCAAACAACGUGGAUGGCUAAAUUCGAAACCGACGACACAGCGAAAUGUUAUCGACGAUUUUAUGCUGCACGAGAGCACUCCAAUUUGGUAGGCCACGAUGAGCAAUUGGGUCCUGUACUGAUCUCUAUUAAGACAGAAAAUGUAGCGAAUCAGGAGCACAUACGUAUUUUAUUGCGCAUAAAGACAGGCACAAUGCAUGAACUUAUUCCCUUCUCGUGUUUGGGUGCCUGUCCUAAUCCCACUAAAAUCGUACGCUUGUUAAAUGAUCAAAUCAACGUAGACCAUUUCAUGCCUGUAGUUUGUCCAAGAGCCUCAUCACUGAUCGGAGUUUACGACGAACAUGUGCUUGUUUCCAAUUUUAAAUUUGGCGUGCUUUACCAAAGAUUCGGUCAGACGACCGAAGAAGAACUAUUUAGCAAUAAUAAUUCCUCUCCAGCCUUUGAAGAGUUUCUCGACGUGUUGGGUCGACGUAUUAAACUUAAGGAUCACAAGGGUUAUCGUGGUGGCUUAGACAUACAGAAUGGCCAUACCGGUGAUAUGGCGAUUUAUGAAGUAUUCAAAGAACGCGAGAUUAUGUUCCAUGUUUCCACUCUGCUGCCGUACACUGAAGGGGAUCCUCAACAAUUGCAACGUAAACGGCACAUUGGCAACGAUAUUGUCGCGAUCGUAUUUCAAGAAUCGAAUACGCCUUUUUCGCCAGACAUGAUCGCUAGCCAUUUCUUACAUGCGUUCAUAGCAAUUCAACCGCUAGAACCGAACACGUCGAAUACACGCUACAAAGUGAGCGUAACUGCUAGAGAUGAUGUGCCAUUCUUUGGGCCCACUCUGCCUAAUCCGGCUGUUUUCCGUAAAGGCCAAGAGUUUAAGGAAUUUAUACUCACUAAGCUUAUAAACGCAGAGAAUGCUUGCUAUAAAGCGGACAAAUUUGCAAAGCUAGAGCAGCGUACUCGAACUUCUUUGCUGCAAAAUCUUGUGGAUGAAUUGAAAGAAAAGACACGAGAAUUCUUAGGGGCCGAUCUCUCGGGACAUACGCCUGCCAGUCCUACACCCGAAACUCCCAAGUCGGACAGCACUAAUGCCGGAACGCGCUUUAUAGACACGGUAAAAAAGGCUUUAAUUUCUCGCGUUCGCUCCCAAAGUGUGGACACUAGUAAUUUAAGUACUGUCGAGAAAUUUAAUGUAUCGACAAAAGUGAGCUCUGCAACGACGUUUUCGAAGAAAGAUAAUAGCCUAUGCGAGACGCCUAAUACGAAUACUUGCAGUCGCAAUGUUUCAAAGUCUUCUUCGAAAUCGAAGACAUCAUCAAAUGAUUCCACUUCAUCAUCGCCAGAUAUUACAUCACGCGAACCUUUGACCAGCAACAAUACAGUUAACAGUAGCAGCCAUAGCAGUUCCCAAGGAACUCAAUGUAAAGAUCUGCAAAAUGGAAAUAGUUCAGGCAACGGGGCUAUGUCGUCAUCGACUCAGGGUGUGGCCGCAGGAAUGUCAGAGGCUAGUGACGAUUCAAGCCUGAAUAGUAUAGAUUUGGAUCCCAUAAUAGCUCAUCUGGAUAGCGGUGCUACUUAUAUUGAUAGUGAUACCGGUCUAGAAUCAAUGUCAUCUGCUGAAGCUACAAUUAAAGCUUGCUCAAUGUGUAUGGACGGCUCGCAAGCAAUGUGUUCGUCGCCCAGCAACGAGACAGUGGUAAUAAUUGAAAACUUACGUCAGGAAGUCACCCGAUUAAAGUGCGAUAAGCUAGACUUAUUAAGGCAAAAUGUGACCUGUCAACGUGACAUUAAACGUUUACGGGAACGGGAACUUUCGCUGCAAGGAGAUUUGGCCGCAGCCGGAAAGGAAAUUUUACGUUUAAGAGAUCUUCUCAAAGAAUAUUUGCCGGAUUUAACUGCCGCACCCCUCUCUAUCUCACCCAUUUAAUUGAGCUUCACCCUGCCGUUAUUUUGCUAAUAUUUGCCAAGCAAAUCUUAAAAACCAUUUGUGCCGUGUAUAACACUGUCGAGAUGAAAAUCAGUAACACAAACGAUCGUAUGAAAAAUAAUCACACUAAACUGUAAUAGCAAUUAACUGAGUUUUGCUACCCCGGAGAAGCAUUUUUUUCUUUUACACACAUACACACACAUAAACGUAACACAAAUAUUUACACCAAAUAUAUUAUUAAG